AUGCCCCUGUACGCCCUCAAGCUGCUGGGCGGUGUGUUGGAGGUGAACAGCGGCUUUGUGGGCCAGGUGCGCGCCCUGGGGCUGGCGCCCCUGUUCUUCGACUACCUGUCGCUGGAGCACGCCAACAACAACGUACACAACAUACGGCUGUGCCGCGCGCUCGUCAUGGCGGGCGGCAUGGGGGCCGCGCAGCUGCAGGCGCUCGGGGCGGCAGACAAGGUGUGUGCUGUUCUUCAGUACGCGCACCACAACAACGUGGAGCCCUUCCUUGAGCCGGUGCUGGACCUGUGCGGGGCCAUCAUGGCCGGCGACGCGCGCGAGGUGGCGGGCGGCAGCAGCCAGGGCGAGGUCCUGGCCGUGUUCCUGCAGCAGCUCCCUGUGUUCAUGGACCUGUGCUCACACCCCGAGGCGCCCGUCGCGGUGGCGGCCAGCCAGUGCCUCGCUGAGCUGGUGUCCCUGUACCCCCAGGAGACCGCCGGCUGGGUGCUCUCCAACGACGGCGCCGCCAUACUGGCCGCCGCCCUACGCGGCCUCCACCUGGAGGGCGACGCCGCGCCCCCGCCCCGCAUGCAGCAGCACGUGCUGGCCGCCGUAAACGCGGCGCUGGCGGCAGACCCCUCGGUGGGCACCAGCUCUGCUGAGCUGGACCAGCUGCUUACGGCGCUGCGGGAGCUGGAGGCCAGCGGGGAGGGGGUCGUGCGGGACGCGGCCGCGGUGGUGGCGGACCUGCUGGCCAAUGCGGCGGGGCGAUGA